UCUUCCUGGCGUCGCUGGAGGAGGCGCCUUGCCUGGAGGCGCUGGAGCUGUCGCUGGGCAACCGGGCGCGCACCCGCAAGGCCCUGCGGCAGGUGCUGGGCGCGCUGCCCACGGCCCCGUCCAGGAUCCAGGAGCUCGUGUUGACCUUUGGCGUGGCCAGCCGCGAGGACAUGAUCGCCCUGCUGGGCCACGUCAAGGGCCACCUGCAGAAGCUGUCCGUGGCCGCGCCGUACCAGCACGCCGUCUACGAAACCCCGGACGCCCUGCAGCGCUUCUGGGCCGCCGUGGAGGAGACGGGCGUCACCACGCUCGACGUACCCGGGGACUGCCUGAAGCUGAAGGACGCGGUGGGGUUCCCGCUGCAGGCGGCCAAGUGGCGCCUGGAGACGCUGUCGGCGGCCUUCACGGUGGGCGAGGAGCGCACGCUGCUGCCCGAGCUGAUCCGCGCCAACGCCGCCACGCUGCGCAAGGCGAAGGUGGUCGCCAUCUCCUCGAUCCACGCCGACGACAGGAAGGCCGUGGUCGCCGCCCUGGCCGAGUGCGGCAAGCUGGUGGACGUGACGGUGCCCUGCUGGAAGGAGGCGGCCCAGCUGGAGCGGUGCACCGCGGUCACCAAGCUCUCCAUCCUCGCGGCUAACCUGAUACUGGCUGGGCGCGCGGACCGGGAAAUCGAGGCCGUCGCCAAGCUGCUGGCUGUGCCCGCCGUGAGGAACCGCGUGGAGAGCCUCUCCCUCAGCUUCUUCAAGUACGGCGGAAUCACUAAUCAGGCGGUGCAGCUCGUGUACAAGGCGGUGCGCGGCAUGCGCAAGCUCACCAGCCUGUCCGUGGAGUUCUGCGCGGGCUUCGCCGGCGAGCUCAAGGCCACCCUGAAGAGCCUGCCGCAGCUGGAGGAGUUGCAGCUUUCCGACGACGACACGGCGUGGAAGCCCAAGGUGCUGGACGACAUCACGCCGGCGCACGCCCCCAGCCUGACCUCGCUGCGGCUGGACCCGGACCUGCUGAGCAGCGCGGCGCGGCUGCAGGAGGCGGCGCGCGCCAUCCAGCUGCGCUUCGCCGCGGCGGGCCGCCGCCUCGAGGUGCACGUCGAGAAGGGCGUGUCGCACGAGCGGGACCCCACCUCGUCGGACGAGGAGGACGACGACGGCGACUCGGACGACCAGUCGCCCGACGAGGCCUCCGACGACGACGACAGCAGCUGCCUGACGAUGGGCGAAGGGGGCUCGUCGGACGAAGAGGACGACGACGAGGUGGGCGAGGAGAGUCCCGAUGAGGACGACUAGGACUCACUGCAGGACUCACCCGAUGGGCAGCGGUCGACUGCUGCGAGGCGCCGGGUGCAUUGUUCUGUGCCUGACAUUCCCAUCCUAUUCAUUUCAGCGAAUUUAAGUGUGUGGCAUGUGUUUAUGUGCGCUCUUGAGUGCUCUAUUAUUCAUGCAUUAUUACUUACGUCGACCGUUUACAACGUCACUCAUUGUGUUCAUGUUUCGCACGUUCGCGCGUAAUUUGUAGUUAUUAGUGCACAGCAUUGUGCGGAGCUUGGACAAGCAUCUUUGCAUGGAUAAAAAUGCCCCCCCUAAAAGGGCCAACAAGAUUGAACCAAGUUACGUGCAUUUCGUUCUUAUCAUCCCUCUAAAGUGUACUUCAGGGCUGUGUCCGUUCUAGACAUUGUUCACGGGUUGUACGCGGGCAUUGCUCUGCUGAUAUAGCUUGAAUUGCGACGAGUACUAAUGCAAUUGUAAUCGUGGCAUGUUUAUUUUGUAAUUAGCGGUUUGUAAUUCAGUGCGUUGCACGAUCACUUCAGUUUUUUUCUUCUUUGCUAAGAUUGAUCUCUUGGAGGAAGUCCUUAUUAACCCUGUGGUUUUGUAUGUAUUGGAGUUCAUGCCACUGUGAUCCUUUAUUUUGUGUACCUACCGAGUUCCAAUAAAAAAGAAUUGCUACUUC